UUUCUGUUUAAUGUGCUAAUGUGAUAAAUCAGUUAUGGAUAAACACAAUAAUGAUAUAUUAAACUUUGAACAGGCGUUAAACAAAAGAAGUGGUCAUAAGUUUACAUUAUUAUACGAUAAAACAAGAAUAUUACCAAAUACAUGUAAAAUAGAGGAUGUUAUUUCGGAUGUUUCUAAGCAAAUAAAAGCAAUACAAAAGGCAGAUUUAGUGAAAAAGGUGCCAAGACAAUUAGAAAAAUCAAAUUUAAUAAAACAAUCGGAAUUUUUACCACUAAACGUACUGUCAGAUAAGGUACAAAAACAAGAGAUACAGAAUAAAUUCGAAACACAAUGUGUUACAGAUACACAAUUGAUAAAUUUAGUUGAUAAUGCAGAAACUUUAGCUGCUCAAACUGGUAUCACACAAGAAUUUGAAACAACAUUUUGUCAUAAAACUGAUAAAAGUGUUGCUAAAAAAUUAAUAGAUACAGGGCAAAGUACAGAUAAAAAAGAAUCUGUUAAAAAUGAAGCUGAAUUCAUAAGAGAUGAACAAAAUGCAGAAACAUUAGGUCAAAGUGGUGUAACACAGGAAUUUGAUACUACAUUUCGUUGUAAAGCUGAUGUAAAUGUAAAUAAAGAAUUAGUAGAUACUGGGCAAUGUAUUGAUUUAAUAGAAACUGUAAAAGACAAAGAAGAAUGUAUGCAAGAUGAACCAAUUAAAGAGAAAUCCAAUGAAAUUCAUACAGCACAUACACCACACAAACGGAGUAAAAAUAUUAUUAAUGAUUAUGAGCAAGAGAUCUGUGAUAUCUUUGAUAAUUCAGAUACUGAAGAUAAUUUAACAAUUUUCGAACCAUUAGAAGAUAAUACUAAAAGUCCUAUUUUAAAUAAAGUAAAACCAAUAGUAAUAAGAAACACACCAAAGCCAUUAGUGUACAAUUUAGAAUCCUUUGAAAAGUUUGAAGCUCUUGCAUUACCAGUUAUAGAAGAAAAUGCUGAUUUACGAAUAGCAAAGAAAAUAAUAAAUUCACAGCUUGUUAAUGGAGAAUUAUGUAUACAAAGCCAUAAAAAUCCUACCCUACAAUAUAGGGAAUCAUCUAAAAGCCCUGUUUUCGAAGUUAAAGUCAAAAGAAGAAAUAGUGAUACAAGAUCUAUGACAAAAGACGAUCAACAAAGUAUUGAAAAUAAAAGUAUUAUAGAAGAUGAAAUACUAUUUAGUAGUGAUGAAGAAAACUACGAACCAGCAAGAGAAAUAGACGAUUUACCUCUAACUUGUGCUUUAGAGACUUCCUUUUAUAAUCAAACUGGUAUUCUUGAUAAAACAAUGUAUGUCGGAUUUCAAACAGCAAGCAACAAGUCUAUACAAAUACAUACAGACUCUUUUGUGAACGCGAAAAACGUUUUAGAAGACAGUGAUGUUGAUAUAAAGGAUCUUGUUAAUGUAUUUGAUGGUACAUUUAUUGAACCUUCUAAAUUAGCAUCAUCAGAAGCAAACAUUAAUGAACAAAAUGUCCUGGAAGCAACAAGGCUAACUACUAUUGAAAAAUCUGUUGCAACAGAUAUAGGUAAAGUUCAAUUUGAAACAGCAAAUGGCAAAUCUAUUGAAAUAUCUGACCAGGCUUUACGAAAAAGUGAGCUUUUUCUUGAAGAUGUGCAAAAAAAUUUGAUUGACUACAAUGUAGAACUAGAAUUUGAGAAAGAAAGUAAAUUGGUGGUAAAUAAAAUAGAAGUAAGAGAUUUAAAAAGUCCUAAAUAUGUUAGAGAUGAUACACACGAAAUAUUUAAUAAGAAAAUUGAGAAUGAUGGCAUUGACGAACCCAAUAAAAUAAAUGAUGACAUUAUAUUACAAGAAUUUGAAAAUAGUAUGUUAAAUGAGGAGCAAGAUGAUCCUAUUGUAUUAAAUAAGCAAUUUCAAACAUCUGAGAAAUCUAUAUUACAACACGAUUUUCAAGGAUUUAAAACAGCUAGUUUAAAACCGAUAAAAAUUACGGAUCAGGCACUUUUAAAGACAAGGAAAAUAUUUGACAACAUUGAUAAUGAUACUGAUAAUAAUUUUCCAAACAUUUUGCAGAGUAGCAUUAAGUCUGAUGGUAUACAUGGUGUGCCUAAUUGUGUAGGAUUUUCAACAGCUAGUAAUAAAGAAAUAAAAAUAUCUAAAACAGCCUUAUUAAAAAGUAAAAUUAUAUUUGAAGAUAUUAAUAAAGAUUUGAAGACAAGUGAAAAUAUUGAACACAAUGAAAGAGAAGUUACUUCUAUGGCUAAAGAAAGUAAAAGUGAUAUUCCUAACGAUUUUUAUAUCCCAGUAAAACAAUUAAAUGACAAUGAAAUAAGAAAUAACAAGUUUGGUGGAUUCAAAACUGCAAACAAUAAUCCGAUAAAAGUAUCUUCAAAAACGUUGGCAAAAUAUAAAAAUAUUUUUCAUGAUAUAAUUGAUGGCACUGAAAAUCAACCACAUGAAAACUCACAUCAAACUAAAAUCAAACCACAAGCAAAAACAAUUGAUAAAACUGAUAAAAGUGAAUGUAAAGAGAAAGGUUUGAAGUUUGAAAAGAACAAUAAUCAUAACACAAAUACAAAGUUCUCCUUCAAAACAGCAAAUGAAAAAAUUGUUGAGGUAUCGGAAGAAUCGUUGAUAUCUAGCCAAAUGUUGCUAAAAAAAUCUGGUAUGGAUAGUAGUAAUAAAAUACGUGACUUUACUUUUAAGGGUUUCCAGACCGCAAGUAAUAAGCAAAUAAAUAUAUCGAAAGAAACACUUGCAAGAAGCAAAAGAAUAUUUGCUGAUAUUGAAUCAGAUGUUGAUGAAGAAAUACAUAUAAAAAAGAUUAAAAGCGAAACAAAACAACGCUCAAAGGAAAAUACAGAAAUGCAGAAUUUCAAAGGAUUUCAAACAGCUAGUAAUAAGAAUAUAAUAGUUUCGAAACAAACUUUAGAAAAAUAUAAAACAAUAUUUGAUAACAUAGAUGCAGAUAUGGGGAACGAUUUUCUAAAAGAAUUCAAUCCUAAUCAUGAACGAACAACGUCAGCAUGUCGAAAUACUAAACAAGCAGUUGAUACAUCUAAAGAUGCAAUUUUGGCUAAUUCUGUAUUACUAGAUCCGAUUGAAAAAUCUUCGAGUAAUUUUAAAGGCUUUAAAACAGCAAGCAAUAGACCAGUCAGUAUAUCAAAAGAAGCUCUAGCUAGAACAAAGAAUAUUUUUAGUGAUAUAGAUAUUAAUAUUGAAAGUAAUUUAGGGAUACCUAAAGUUAAACCUGAGAAAGAAGUUUCUUCAGUGAAAUUUCAAUUUCAGACAGCUAAUAAUAAACCUGUUCACAUCUCUGAAGAAGCAAUUAUUGCCAGUCAAAAAUUGUUCCAUGAUGAGAAAGUUCAUACUUCCAUACCUAAAUUCCAAGGAUUCCAAACAGCUAGUAAAAAAAGUAUAGCAAUUUCAAAAGAAACUCUGGAUAAAUAUAAAACAAUGUUUGAUGAUAUAGACACUGAAUUGAAAAAUGACUUUGUUCAAGAAGCUAAAGAAACAGAUAAACCUAAUACAGUAACUAAUAAUAUAAAUAAAGUUGAUAUAACUGAGGAUGCCUUAGCUAAUCCUGUAUUACUGAAUGAUCCAAUAGAAAAAUCGUCAAGUAAUUUUAAAGGCUUUCAAACAGCCAGCAAUAGACCAGUCAAAAUAUCUAAAGAAGCUCUGGCUAGAACUAAGAAUAUUUUGAAUGAUAUAGAUAUUGAUACUGAAAGUAAUUUAGAUACAGGUGAAGUAAAACCUGAACAAAAAGUAACUUCUAUAAAAUUUCAAUUUCAAACAGCCAAUCGUAAAACAGUUGAUAUCUCUGAAGAAGCAAUUAUUGCUAGUCAGAAAUUAUUAAAUGAUAAUAUAGAAAACAUACCUAAAUUACAAGGAUUUCAAACUGCAAGUAAUAAAACAGUAAAAGUAUCAAAAGAAGCACUUGCAAAAAGUAAGAAAAUAUACAAUGAUAUAGAUUUACAUCCUGACCAAAUGCCAAAAGAUAAUUUGUCUAUACAUACGUCGGAUUCAAAAGCACCCAAAAAGACAAAUCAAUUUGGUCCCAAGAGUGUAAAUGUUGAAGAAAAAAAGUCUAUUAACAAUGACUGUGACGAAAUCAACAUGAAAGAUAUAUUCAACACUCAAGUGGUAACUAACUUUGAAAAUACGCUAUACACAGAAGAUUUCUUAAAAGAAAGAACGCCUGUGCAAUGUAAAAGAUCGGGAAGUCCUAUUGUCUCUUGUCCUAAGUCCAAAAAGCGGAAAUUUCAAGCUCCCGCCAGCGUUGUCAGAAAUAUUUUGAGCGCGAAAAUUGACACCUGUCAAACGAAGACCGAUAAAAUUUACGCAUUUGACGACAGUUAUAAGAAAACAAAGAAGCUCUCAUUAAAAGACUUAGAUAACAUUAAAAAUAAUGAUAUUCCAAGAAUAGAAGAUUAUAUACUUAAUUUUAACUACGAAAAUAUGUUAGAUUACAAAUUUAAACCAGAGAGAAAUGAAGUGACAAAUGACAUAUGGUCUACCGAUAAAAUAAAAGAGGUUUUUUCGGAAUUUGUUAAUAAUAAAAUAAUACCGUUAGGCUGGAUAGAAAAUCACUUAAAAUUGAUAAUUUGGAAGUUGAUUUCAUACGAAAUAAGAUUUCCCCAUUGCUUCGAAAGAAUAUGUACUGUGAAAAAUGUGCUUGAACAGUUAAAAUAUAGAUAUGACAGAGAGUUAUAUAAUGUGCAAAGGCCAGCUUUAAGGAAGAUUCUAGAAAGGGAUGAUGUUGCUAGUAAAUCUAUGGUUUUAGGUGUUGUUGGGGUCUAUGUAGAUGGUGUGUAUGUGAGCAGUGUUACCAGUUUGACAGAUACCAUAGAGCUACUAUUGACAGAUGGCUGGUAUUGCCUAAAAGCGAGCAUAGACAAAUAUAUUUCUAAACUCGUUUACGACGGGAAAAUAUCUGUGGGCAUGAAACUUUUCAUUCAUGGGGCUGAGUUGGUCAAUUGUGAACAAGGUGUAGCACCUUGGGAGGACACAUCAUCCGUGCGUUUAAAAAUCUCCGGAAAUUCGACACGUAGAGCCCGCUGGGACGCGCGGCUCGGUUACCAUGGCAACGCGGCCAUGUUGUCCCACCUGUCAACUGUCAGGCCGGAAGGCGGGAAAGUGUCGAAGUUGCACGUUUUUGUUACCAGAGUUUAUCCUAUGUUGUAUAUAGAGAAGUUUGAGGAUGGCAGCACUGUUACACGUUCAGAAAGAUUGGAAAACUUAUUUCAAAUGAAAUAUGAAAAUGAUCGACAGUUGAUUUUGGAGAAAAUCUAUGAAGAUGUAGGGAAGGAAUUUUGUGAUCAGGAGUCGCAAGAUUCAGAAAACUAUAUGGAUAGUGGAAAAUUUGAGUCCGGUUCGCAAAUUGCGAAAAUCAUGAAGAAACACAGGGACCCUGCUGAAUUUAGGGCAAAUUUAACAGAAUCCCAAUUAAAUCUCUUACAAGAAUACACAGUGAAACGUAAAGAUAAACAAAUAGAAAUAAUGCAAGAGAAAGUAAGAGAGAGAAUAAAGAACAGUUCGCUCGGUGUUGCCAGGAGUGUGGUGCCAUUGUUGAAGAUCAGGGUUGCCAGUGUGGAAAAUGAAUGUAGGGUUUGUAAAGGAAUGCUCUCAAUAUGGCGGCCAAAUGAAGCCCUCCAAGAAGUGAUCACUGAAAAUACAUGGAUAGAUGUGUAUAAUGUUGUUCCUACAGCUAUUCGGAACUCAGAAAUACAGCUAUCAGCAAACAGAAACUCUAUAUUUCAAAAAUCAAAAGUCACACAAUCCGAGAAAAUUACUUCAUGCACAGAUUAUCUAAAACGACAGUGUUACCAGAUAAAAGAUAUUCGAAAUUCAAAUUUAUGUACAGAAAAUAAUGAAGUCGAUACAGUCGGUUUUAUUAUAUCAAUCGAACCUUCAAAUAAAGAUUUUGAAAAUUCCAAACAGCUAUAUCAAAAUAUUUAUUUAGCAGAUGAAAAUAAAAAUUUAAUAUGUAUCAACUUUUGGGGCGGGAUUAAGAAGUUUGGUUUCGAAAAUAUACUUGACACUGGUCAAGUUAUCGCCUGUGUAAAUUUACAAAAACGAUCUGGCAACACCAUGAGAAACAUACCGCAGUAUCGUGCUACUGAAUUUUCGUAUUUUACCAAAACACCAAAAUAUGAUUGUUUAAGAAAAUUGUGUAUGGAAUUAAUAAAAGUAUUCUCUGGGUUGGAUAGGAGAAAAUUCUGUCUUGAUUGUGUUGCUAUAAAGAAUAAUAAUGCAAAUACAAAUCAUCGUUUACCAGACGUAUCUCCGUAUAGAUUGAAUAAUAGUGAUUACAAUAUUGCCAAGAAUAAAAACUUUAUUGAUUCACCAAUAGCCAGAGACGCAAUUUUGAACUUAAGCAGCUCAGAUUUUGAGUCGACUUUCAAACAAACAGACACACACAAAAUGUCUCCUAGCAAGUUACUACGUAAGAAGAAAAUCAACGAAAAGAUAUCCAAAUUAAAAUAUUACGGUGAACCACCUCCCUUGAGUCCAAUGAACAUAAUUAAUUUGUCGAAAAAUGUUACAAAUGCCUUCAAAAGUCCGUUAACGUCAAAAAAUGACAGUUUAAAUGUUGCCAGUAAAGAUAUUUCAACACCUUUACGCACAGAUAAAGAAAAUUCGAAUUUGGACUGUAGUCCAGUAUUGUCUACGGGUAGAAACGUUGUAAAAAGGAUAAUUAGCGUGAAUCCAGUGAAAUUAAACUUUAAUAAUGAUGAAAUAAGUGAAAAACAAGAAAACACAAUCGAUCCUUUUGCAGAGGAAUUUGAUGCCAGUCCGCCUUUAAGUUUAGAUUAAUUAUAAUUUCGCUUCGUCUGUACAUU